UCGUAGGAACCGGAACCAGCACAAAUGAACUGACUUUACGUUUACGAGAUAUUUUUCUCUGUCGGCAAAUCUGUGUUUGCCAUAAAAAUUGUUUUGAAAGACAAUCUAGCGAGGGGCAAACGAAGCACGCCGGCAGAGCGAGGUUACCCGGAAGUCGCGCAGUCGAGAUCACCACCUGCACAACCCACAAUGGCUAGCAGCACCACCAAAGCAAGAACCACGGUGGCUCAGCCACAACUCCGAGCAAUUUGUUUAUGUCUGCUAAUCGCCAGCUGCUACGUGUCGCACUCGCAAGCGGACGAGCACAAUCACAAGUACAAUGACCGGGAGGAGGUGGUCCUUUGGAUGAACACUGUGGGUCCGUACCACAAUCGACAGGAGACCUACGCCUACUUUUCCCUGCCCUUCUGCAGUGGCCAAAAGUCUUCGAUUUCGCACUACCACGAGACCCUGAGUGAAGCCCUUCAGGGCGUGGAACUAGAGUUUAGUGGCUAUGAAAUGGAGUUCAAGAACGAUGCCCCCAAAUCGGUCAUAUGCAUGGUCACCUUGCAGGAGGAGAGCGCCAAAGCUUUCAUCUACGCCGUGAAGAACGAAUACUGGUACCAGAUGUACAUCGAUGGGCUGCCCAUCUGGGGAAAAGUCGGUGAGCGGGACGAACGAGAUGGAAAAUACUACAUCUUCACGCACAAGAAAUUCGACAUUGGCUACAAUGGCCAGCAAAUCGUGGACAUCACCCUGACCACCGAUGCUCGAGAGGAACUCAAGCCGGGAUCGCACAUCAACUUCUCCUACGAGGUCAACUGGAAGCCCAGCAAGGUGGAGUUCAAGAACCGAUUCGACAAAUACCUGGACCCCAACUUCUUCCAGCACAGGAUCCACUGGUUCAGCAUCUUCAACAGUUUUAUGAUGGUCAUCUUCCUGGUUGGUCUCGUAUCCAUGAUCUUGAUGCGAACUCUGCGCAAGGAUUACGCUCGGUACAGCAAGGACGAGGAGGUGGACGAUAUGGAGCGAGAUUUGGGCGAUGAGUACGGAUGGAAACAGGUUCACGGUGAUGUUUUCCGUUCGCCACCAAAUACGCUGCUCUUUUCGGCUCUGGUCGGAGCUGGUUACCAAUUGAUUUCGGUGGUCUUUUGUGUGAUCAUGUUCGCCAUUGUUGGAGAACUGUACACAGAACGCGGCUCAAUGUUGUCCACGGCUAUAUUUGUGUACGCUGCCACUUCUCCGAUCAAUGGAUACUUUGGAGGAUCGCUCUAUGCCCGAUUGGGUGGGCGAAUGUGGAUCCGUCAGAUGCUGGUGUCCGCUUUUACGGUUCCAGUGGCUGUUUGUGGCACAGCUUUCUUGAUCAAUUUUAUUGCCAUCGGUUAUCACGCCUCGAGAGCCAUUCCCUUUGGCACCAUGGUAGCCGUCACCUGCAUCUGCUUAUUUGUGAUCCUGCCUCUGACUUUGGUGGGUACAGUGGUGGGCCGCAAUCUGGAUGGCCAGCCGGACUUCCCUUGCCGAGUAAACGCAGUGCCACGACCUAUUCCCGAAAAGAAGUGGUACAUGGAGCCGCUGAUUAUCGUACUUCUCGGCGGUGUCCUGCCCUUUGGAUCCAUCUUCAUUGAGAUGUACUUCAUCUUUACCUCUUUCUGGGCGUACAAGAUCUACUAUGUCUAUGGCUUUAUGUUGCUGGUGUUCAGUAUCCUGACUGUGGUGACGGUGUGUGUAACCAUUGUGUGCACAUACUUCCUGCUAAAUGCGGAGGACUACCGAUGGCAAUGGACGAGUUUCAUGGCUGCGGGCUCUACGUCAAUUUACGUUUAUGCCUACUCAUUUUAUUACUUCUUCUUUAAAACCAAAAUGUUUGGUCUGUUCCAAACGGCCUUCUACUUUGGUUACAUGGCCCUCUUUAGCGGCGCCUUGGGAAUUAUUUGUGGCACCGUCGGCUAUGUGGGCACGAAUCUCUUCGUGCGCAAAAUCUAUUCCAAUGUGAAAAUAGACUAAGAGCGACUCAAUUCGCCGCACCCCGCCCCCAGAUCUGUAUAUCAUCCUAAUCGAUUUACACUUGUAUUUAUUGAGUAGAGUUUUAGUUCUGUGUGUUAACUUUUGCUCCAGUUAGCUCUCCUCACUCCGUAUCUUUGAGUUUCUCACUUCUCAUGUUGGUGUGAAAAUGAAUGCCAGUCCAAUGUAUUCGCACCAAAGAUUAAAUAUUCAGUUUAACAAUGUAUGUAUACCCAAGGCACAUAUUUUUCAAAAAUAUUGCUUUUCGGAAUUAUAGGACAGUUAUGUUAAAAAAGAUCUUUGAAUCAAAAACUACAUAAAGAUUUCAUUGUAAUUUGAAAGCUCAGUUGGUUGCAUUUACGUUCUUAUAGAUAUAAGGAUAAAUUAUUAAUCUUUUCUGUUUGAAUUGGAAUCUCCAUUUCAGAAAAUAACCAUUCAUAAAAAACCUAAAUUGGCAUUUUUUCUUUUCUGUACUUAAUUUUUACAACAAUCUUUAUGUUAAUUGGAUUAUCACAACAAAAUUUAAAUAUCAAAAAAGGUCAUAUUUGAAAACAACAUUUUUAAAUUCCGAAAAGAACUUUUUGCAUUAUAUGUGCAUUUGCGUUUGCGUAUGCUUGCAUACCGUAUACAAUAUUAUUUUGAUAAAAAUUGUUUGCCUAGAAAACUUAUCAAUCUAUGCAAUUGCAACAAAUGUGACUUGAACUUGUUUGCGCCAAUUACGUUUAUGUACGAUGCAAGAAAUGUGCUGAUUAGCAAUAGUCGAUAAUCUAAUAAUAAAUUCAAUAUAUAAAACCA